AUGCGCGUCGUCUUGGCGACGGAGAUGACGACGGAGCCCUUCGGGUCCUUCGAGUUCGACGGCGUGCUCGGCCUGGGCCUCGAGGGGCUGGCCGUGGACCCGGAGUUCAGCUUCUUCGGCCAGAUGUUCAAGCUCCACAACCUCACGGACGCCAGCUUCGGCUACUUCCUGUCGCGUGCCGACGGCGUGCCCAGCGAGAUCACCUUCGGGGGCCACGACGAGCGCAGAAUGGCCUCGGCCCUGCAGUGGGCCCCCGUGCACCGGCCCGAGUUUGGGCACUGGCAGGUGCGGAUACGCAGCGUGACGGCUGGCAACGAGACCCUAGCGCUGUGCGAGGCGGGCGACUGCGUGGCGGUCGCCGACACGGGCACCUCCCUCCUGGGAGUGCCCCGGCAGGCGUCGCAGCGGCUCCACUGGCUGCUCGCGCGACAGGUGCCCGACAACCCCGACGAGAUCGACUGCCGCCGCUUCCCAGGCCCCGACCUCACCUUCGACCUGGGAGACGGCGUCAAGCUGACGCUCGGCCCCGAGGACUACUCGCGGCCGACGGCGAUGCGCGUGGUGCAGAACAAGACGGGCGGGUCCCAAGUCAUCUGCAGGGCCUCCCUGCUCCCCGUCGACGGGGACGCCGAGGUGCUGGGCCCGAAGGCCUGGAUCCUCGGCGAGCCGCUCCUGCGCAAGUACUACACGGUGUACGACUACCGCCGGCAGCGCGUCGGCUUCUCCCUGGCCGAGCAGCCGGACGAGCAGACGGCAGCCGCCGCCGAGGGAGCGCGCCGGCACACGGUGUACGGCGCACCGCCGGCAGCGCCGCCGACGCCGUCGGUGGUCGUAGUGUAG